AGUUCGCGAUACCCAUCAAAUAGCUGAAGCUCAACAAGAAAAAAACGCAAAAUUACGUGAAGCCUUUAAUAUAUCUGAAUAUUUUGUUGAGGGCUCUAGCUUUGAUUCCGAUCGUAAAGCAAAAGAAGAUUUAGCCAAAAGCUUGGCUUUACAAAAAGAGCUGGACGCUCAACGUGAACAAGCCGCCGCUGCGGCGGCAAAUGAAAGAGAAUCAUCUAAGCGUUAUGCAUUAGUGCGUACACCGUCCAUUGAAAGAGAUAUUUCUUCAGGUGGCGUUGGUGGUGGUGAUAAUGAUGAUCAUAUAAAUAAAAAGAAAAAAAAGAAAAGAAUGCGUGAGAGUUCUGCAAGUCCAGAACGAAGAAAAGAUAAAAAGAAGAAGUCGAAGAAACGGAAAAAAGAAAGUAAAUCGAGGAAAUCAAAGAAAUUGCGUAAACGUAAAAAUAGCGGUUCGGAAAGUAAUGUUGAAAAUGAUAAAGAUAGUAUUGUUGAUGACUCGGACUCAGAUAGUGAAGCUGAUAAAAGGAAAAGUCAUAAAAAAUCUAAAAAGGAUAAGAAAAAACGUGAAAAGAAAAGUAAGAAAAAGGAAAGAUCCUCUUCGCCAGACAAAUCAAGAUCAAGAUCCCCUGUAGAUAAACUUACAGAAAUUAAGAAGGAAUCAUUAAAAUAUGAAACUACAAUCGAAAAGACGUCGUCUAGCAAUCCGUUUAGAAGUCGUUCAACAGAGAAAUCCCAUAAACAAAAAGAGACUCAAAGAAGUUAUUACGAAUCCUCACAAGAGAAUAGCAACAGACGAAGUCACACUCGAAAAGAUAAAGAUUUAAGCAAAUGCCGAAGUCACAGUCGUACUGACAAAGACUUAUCCAGACGGCACAGUCGCGGACGUGUUGAAAAAGAAUCAAGACAUGAUCGUCGUCGUGAGGACAUUCGAUAUUCUAGUAUGAAACGUGCAAAUAGCCCUUCAGAUUGUACAAAUCGUGAACGCAAUGAAAUAGAUUACAGUAGUAAUGGUAAAAUUGAUGAAAAUCGUAGAUCUCGAUCACGUCAAAGAACUAGGCGUGUUGAUAUGGCUGAAUGUUUAAGAGACCUUAAACGCAAAUACUCUGAAGAACGUUUAUCAAGAAAGAGGGAUAGUCGUAGCAUAGAAAAACGCAAAAAAUUGUCAUGUUCAUCUUCACCAUCACGUUCAAGAAAAAGUCGAGAUAAUAAGUCUUAUUCUAGAACUUCGCAUAGAGUAUGUUACCAAUCUAGAACACGUUCUAGAACGCCAAGACACAAAUCACCAGACGACGAAAAAUGUGAAGUAAGAAAUGAUAAAUCCAGAUCAAGAUCAUCUAUAAAUGUAAAUGUGCAUAAUAAAUCAUUAACUCCCCCGCCACUAACAUCUAAGAUGGUUGAUUCAAAAGGCCCGGAGAAAACUAAUUAUAAUUUGAAUAAUCAAGGAAAAUCUAACAAAGAUUCGUCUACAUCAAGCCUUAAAGAUACGAAAAAUUAUGGUCGAUCUAGAACUACUUCAUCCUCGUCAUCAAAUUCGGCAUCCUCAACAGAUACGGAAUCAUCUAGGUCAAGGACCCCUUCACCUAUAAAAGAACAAUUAGAAAAACCUUCUGUAUCAAGGAACAUUGAAAUACAUAAAUUGCCAUCUCGAAAAACAAAAUCACCAAGUGUUAGAAGAACACCUUCACCAACUGCAACAAGAUCCAUGUCCAGAUCUAAGUCUAAAAAGCUCGUAAGUGAAAAGAGCACUACAGAAAAACAAAGUCGCAACUCUAGAUCACAAGAAUCGUAUGAAAAAUCAAAAGAAAUGCCAGAAGAGCAUAUAAAACUUACAUCUAGAACUCCACCCCCUUCCAAAGUAGAGAAAAAGGCGUCGAGUCCCAGAUCUUCAAGGGAUUCGUCUGAAUUAAGUUAUUCUCCCGCUAGACGUAAUCCGGAACGAUAUCGUGAUAUUUUAGAAAAUGCUAAAAAUCAAAAAACAGAGAAACGCAAACCAGCUGAUAAGGACGCAGCCAAACCAUCAAAGCUAAGUGAAGAACGUGAAAAAGACCGUAAAGACAAAGGAGGAAGAAGUGAUAGGAAUACAGCGAAGCCGGUAGUACGCUUGCAGUCCCAAAGCGAAGACGAGAGUGAUGCCACAGAACGAAAUGCAGAAAAAAUAUUAGAUGAAUUUCAGGAAUCUAAACGUGAACGAGAACUAAAGGAUUUAAAAAUGUUGGAACAACUUAAAACUGGAAUAGCGGCCAAAGCCAAGGAAAAAAUUAAGACAAUUGAAAAAAUGGCAGCUUUCACUUCGACAAGCUCAUCUUCAAAUACCGGCGGAGAAGUAAGUGAUAAAUCUUAUAAACGUACAAUACGUAACUCGCUUAAUGAUUUUUUGGCUGCAAAUAAUGUGGCCCCCGCCGUGGUGGCUACUUGUUCUUCAACUGCUCAUAGCAGCAUACAGAACUCACCACCCGGAGCUAUUUAUCCACAAACUCUUGAAGAAAUUAAAAAAGAACAGGAGACUAUCCUACCAUUAAACGAAACUUCCAGUUACAUAGAAAACAAUAACAGUAACAGUAAUAAGGACAAUGAAACGCAGGCUAAUUGCAAAAAGUCCCCCGUGGCUGCAAAUGGUCAUGCGAUGCUUUUGAGUCCAAGAGCAAGUCCACUACGUAAUAAUGUUAAUGUAAUAAAUAAAGACAGAGAUCGUAAACGUGAACGUGACCAUCGUGAACGUGAACGAGAAAAAGAUAGGGAUAUAAAACCUACUAGAGAAAAUAAUAAUUUUAUCAAAGAAAGACAUAUGGAAAGAAGACAAAGAUCAUCACCAAAUAUUUAUAUUACUGGUGGAGGUAGUGGUUGCGUCGGUGGCGGAGGUGUGGAUGUUGGUAAUGGUGGUAAUAGACGUAAUAACAGCAAUUUACACCAUAUAAAUCACAGACAGCAACGUUUAAAUGUUAAUUUUUUGGGCAAUACUGGUAGUGUUGGUGCACAUCAUCAUCACCAUCCACAUCCGCAUCAUCAUCACCCAAAUCAUCAAAUAAUAAACAACCAUCAUAAUACUACGUCCUCCUCUUCUACUUAUAUUGCUAAUAACUCUUCUACUAAUCCUCAUAAUUUAAUGUGUAACCAUGCUAACAACUCCACUAAUAUUUUAUUUAAUCGUCCUAGUCGUAUUAACAAUACACCUCUUAUAACCGCAACCCAAUUUAACAAUCAAAUGCUAAGUAAACAAUCAAAUAGUAUUUUAGUAAAUCGUCGCGAUCAUCGUACCGCCUUAAAUUUGGGUUUGAGUGGAACACCCUGUACUAAUUUUUCCAAUAGUAAUUUGUUAUUAACAAAAGCCAAUACUAACCCACAUCAUUUUCAUGCUGCGGCUGUAGGCCAUGGCAUUGGCGGUGGUCAUCAUCAUCAUCAUCACCACCAUCAUCAUCAUCACAGUCAGAAUUCAAGUACGAACAGUGGUGGUAUAAAUCCAACUACUCAAAUAACAGAUCGUAUAUUAAUGGCUGCUUCGAUAGCGGCAGCACAACGUCACAGUUUAGGUGUUGUACACUCCGCUGCAUCGAGUGCGGCUGCAGUGGCUGCUGCUAAUAAUUUAAAUUUUCUACAACAACAAAAUAAAGCCAAACUUGUUAUUAAGCCAUUUAAAAUUAAUGAUUCACAGCCUCUAGUUGCCGCGUUAGCAGAUUCGUCAUUGGUGGAUGCCAUUGUAUCAAAAGUAUCAACGGCGACGGUAGCUGCUGCCGAGAGUGCUGCUAGACGUAGUAGAAGUCGUUCGAGACGUAGUCGCAGUCGCAAUCGUCGUGAAGAUAAAACAAGUGAUGCCUGUAGGAGUAAUAGCGCUGGGGGAGGUGGUGAACGAGAAGAAACUCGUCGACGUUCAACUAGUCAUUCGAGGUCAUCAAGAUCCUCAUCAUCUAGCCGUAGUAGAAGUCGUAGUCACAGUCGUCGAAGCUCACGAUCGCAUUCUUCACAAUCCAGUUCGUCUUCACGAAGUUCAUCGCGUAGUUCAUCUAGCAGUAGUUUUGGUUCUUCGCGUUCUGGUACCCGUUCUCCUUCAAUACCUCGACGUCGUGGGUCUCCUAGUUUCCUGGAUCGUCGCCGUAUUACUAGCAGAUAUUCAUCAAAUCGUGAUCGAAGACAUUAAUUAUUCAAUGAUUUAUUAUCAAUAUGAUUUUGCUUAUAAUAUGUUUUUUUAUAUUUUGAACCAUGAAAUUGCACAAUGUUUUAGAGCAAUUAUGAGUUUUAAUUCAUUAUUAUUUGUAUAAUUAAUAAAUAAAAUAUGCAGUAUAUUUAAAAA